ACUCUCUCAUUUACCAUGUAACCUUCAUUUUUUUCUCUUUCUCUUUCUCCCAUCUUCGAAUCUAUCGAAACAAUCUUUGCUGCGUUUAUGUGAUUCUUUUCAGUAAUAAUUAACCAGAAAAGAAAAAAGAAAUUUGAAUUUCAAGUGAGUUGAGAUAUGAGUUGCAACGGGUGCCGAGUUUUACGAAAGGGUUGCAGCGAGUCAUGUAUUUUGCGUCCGUGUUUACAGUGGAUCGAGAGCCCUGAAGCACAAGGCCACGCUACGGUUUUUGUAGCUAAGUUCUUUGGCCGUGCCGGUCUCAUGUCCUUCAUCUCAGCCGUUCCUGAAUCUCAACGUCCUGCUUUGUUUCAAUCUUUGUUGUUUGAAGCGUGUGGAAGAACUGUGAAUCCCGUGAAUGGAGCCGUGGGCCUUUUGUGGACAGGAAACUGGCAUGUGUGUCAGGCUGCGGUGGAGGCUGUCCUACACGGACGCACGUUACGACCUAUGCCGGAGCUCCUGAACGGUGGAUCCCUAACCCCGGCGACCGACGAGGUGUCCGAAGCUGAAGUGACUUGUACAGACAUGUGGAAGUUAAAGGAUCCAAUACCUAAUUCUCAUUCUAGGUUUUCUAGUUCGAGAUCCAAAGUAUCACCGAAACGUAAGAGAUCAGAGGAAUCAGCCGCCACAAAACUUGAAAGAUCAGAUCUGGAUCUUUGCUUAACACCAAGUUUAACAAACCAAGUAGUUUUGCCGUGUAAUAAGCCGGAAUUAAUCAGACGACGGCCAGGAACUCCGUCGAUGAAUUCAGAGGAGUCAGGUACCACCACGUGUUUUGGUGAAAGUGGAUUAGGGGAUUAUCGGUAUCUUACUGGAGGAGGAGAUGACAGGAAGUUACUAAACUUGUUUGUUUGAAGAACGUUUUGUUUUGUUAGCUCUGUGAAUUAAUGUUCACCACGAGAAUGUAAUAUUCUUAAUUUUUGGUUACUUUUUGGGAGAAUUUUCCCGGAAUAUAUCGUAUUCCGGCGAGUUUUUGUAAAUUACCGGUUAAGGAUUCUCUUCAAAAAUGAAGAGAGAUGAAUUAGUCGGUAAUGGCUCUCAAUUUUCCCUUUUUCUUUUCUCUUUAAUCUGUGUUUAAGUAAUGUUACUAUGUGUAUGACAUGAAUAAAAUGAAAUUAUUGCUGGGAA